UUAGGGUGUAUCUGGUCUGUGUUUUGGCUUUGUUUGACUUCUAACCACCCACUGACCAUCCCAGCAUAACAACAGCGGAACUUCUAUAUAUUCAAGUGAAUCAAGAAAGUAGCAACAAGAAAAUACAGUCUGUUCCUUGGAAGGCCAUUCUAACCUCAGUGCCUGUGUGGGCUUUGGUUUUUACGCACUUUGGUCACAACUGGGGAUUCUACAUCCUGUUUAACGACUUGCCAUCAUAUAUGAACAACAUACUGCAUUACAAUAUUAAAGAGAAUGGAGUUGUGUCUUCUCUGCCUUACCUGUUUAUGGCUGUCUUCAGUUGGUGUGGGAGUUAUUCUGCUGACUUGCUCAGAAGAAAGAAUUAUUUAAGAAUUACCAUCAUCAGAAAAAUCUGUAAUACUAUAGGUUUUGUCGGACCGGCACUGUGUCUCUUUGGGGUAAUCAUGGUCGGAUGUAACCACAUCAUCAGUAGCGUUUUGUUUGCUUUAUCGAUGGGGUUUAAUGGGUUCAUCUCUGCUGGUUUUAUUGUAUGUCACAUGGAUCUAGCACCAGACUUUGCUGGGACUCUGAUGGGAAUUACUAACGCAUUUGGGAAUAUCAGUGGUUUUCUUGCUCCUUAUUUUGUUGGAGUUUUAACACAGGAAAAUGAAACUCUCUACCGAUGGACUCUAGUGUUUUCCAGUUCUAUAGGAUUCUAUAUUGUGACUAACUUACUCUUUGUGGUAUUUGGUUCUGCAGAACUUCAACACUGGGGUGUAGCUUCAAACCCAGAAAACAAAGAAAUGGAUAAAAUUCCCAGUUCAGCAACAAAUUAGCCAGAUUAAUAAUAAUUAACUUUUCAGUGACAAACCAGCUCAGUUUGAUAACUAAACAGUUCAGCACAAACUAUUCAUGUAAACAGUUUAUACAAGAAAUGCAUACAAGUUUUCUUAGUAUUAAAAAAUACACACUUAUUAUUUUAUUUACAUGUUUCAUAAGUAAGCACAUAGAGAUUUCUUUAAUAGAACAUACAGGUCUAAACAGUGACUGGUACAAAACCAUAAGUACAGAAUCUUUAAGUAACAGUUCAUACAAAUAAGCAAGUUGUAUGAGUAGAAACCAUAAAUAGUAAUUGGUACAAGAAAACACAUGAA